GCCCCAUAGCUUCAUGGGUACAGGGAUAGAGAGAGGCUAAGAAGCAGGUCUGUCCAGGGUGGGAGGAGAGAGAACAGGGUUGUCCUAUCAGAUUCCUGGAGGUACUAUGUCUCCUGCUCUGAGGUGUCCAUCUGGGGUCCACCCAUAGGAAAUGUUAAGCCUGUGGGUACAGUCUUGGGCCUUCCUCUUUUUCUCUAGGGCUAUGACUGGGGUCCAUGCUUGCUGCUUUGUCCAUCACACCAUUCCGAAUUACCUGGGCAGCAGAGCAAGGAGACACCCAGACUUGGCAGAUAGCUUGAUGACAUCCCAGGAGGUUGAGUCCCAGCUCCGGACCAGGGACGGCUGAGGCUGCUAUGUGCAACUGGGCCCUAGACGCUCGCUCACAAUCAUUUCCACAUGUAGGAAGUCCCAAGCUCAGAGUCAACAUGAGCUGGUGGAGUGGGUAAGCAGAACAGUUGGCUGGGGAACCCCAGGGGUCUCAGCCAACACCACCUCGAUGUGCAGCCUAUCGGAGGCCCUUGUGGCAGGGAAGUGGCCAGAGACCAGUUCCCCCACAGCCCUCACAGGGCGCUCUGACAGAGUUUAGUUCCUCUUUGACAUUGGAGGCUGAGAAAAGUGGAAACAAACAUGCUCAGCACCAUGGAGAUUCUAAAGAAUCCGAGAAACCAUUUGAAUAAGACUGCAGAGCUGCCUGGGGCACAUGGAGCAAGGUCAGGUUCUGACUCUAGAGCCCUGGUGCUGAGGAGAGUCACUCCUCUGCACUCCAGCCUCCCUUUCCUGGGUUUGCAACCUCACCCCUCACCUCUUCCCUCUGUUUGACCAUUACCCUUUGUCACUCACAGCCCAACGAGGUCCCCGGCAUCUUUAUCCAGACUCAAGGAAGACAGACGAGAGCCCCUUGGGCUUCUAGGCCUCUAGAUGACAUUUAGAAACCGUUCAGGGACUGUGUGGGCACCUUCUAGGCACAGGCCAGGCAGGGACUGAGAAGAAUGUUUUGAUGAAGGUGAUUUGCCUGAGGGGGUGUGCCCUGGGCACAAAAUUAGACCUGGAUGAGGUACAAACAUAGUCCAAUCUAUGGGAUAAGGGAGACAGAAUCCACUUGGACAGGCACAUAAAGCCGGGGUUGGGGGGUACCAGGAUGUCUAGGCAAGGGGAGGCCUAGGCAGGGACACCCAUAGGAUGGGACAGGAGAGAUGCUAGGAAAUGUGAACUCCCAUCUCUCAGCCUCAGACUCCAGCAAGACCCCGUAACCAAUAUAAGCACAAGUCAUUUCCUGUCUCCUCUGGGAACCCUGGUCAUAACACAGCUCCCAGAGUGGAACCCAGAUACAGGGAUAGGAUAUGCACCAGGCUGUCACUACACCUUUGCCCUGAUGAAGUUCCCUGAUCCAGAUCAGCCUCUAAGUAGGCAGAGCCUCAGCCCUGACCUGCAAGUUAAAAUUAACCUUUUGACCUGGUCCUCAGGAACUGUGCACACAUUGAGAUUGAAGGGGCCAUAUUCAGCCCACAAUGCUUCAGUUUCUCCCAUUACAUUGGGUUUGGUGUCUCUCUGAGAAGGCAGGUGGGUGGUGGGACUAUGAUACUUAGAGAGAAGCCAGUCUUCAGACCCCCAGGGGAGAGCCACAUUCUUCUCAGACUAAAAGACAGGGCUGUCACUGCGGACCUCCUUACUUUUCCCUGGUACAACUGGGGUCUCUUGGUAAUUGCCGGAAGUGGAGGCUUCUAGCUCGGGACCAAAGGGCAGGUCAAGGGGCACCUUGGAGGUGGGGCUGAGGAAGCCUGGGGGACAUGAGUCAGGCCAGCCCUGCCACCCCAAGCUCAUCCCCCAGCCAAAUUACCAGGUUUCCCCAGGCACCCACUGGCCUUAUAAAGGCACCCUCUCCCUGGUGGCUGCCAGUUGCUGGUGGACAUCCAAGAUGAGGACCCUCCUGGUGCUGCUGCUGCUGGCUGUUGUGUGUGCUUCUCUGGCCCGGGCCCUGCACUGCCAUGUGUGCUGUGGGCACGAGAACUGCGAGUCUCUCGUGGAGUGCGCCUUGACGGACAAGUACUGUGUGAUCACUCGGGCCACCAACCCUGGUGGCAUCCUGGUCAUGAAGUCCUGCGCGCCAACCUGCCCCAACAGCACCGUGUCUUCCGACGGCCGUGCUCUCUCCGUCUUCUGCUGUGAGGGCAACCAUUGCAACCGCAGUGCCGCCUCAGGCCUGACCAGCAGCCUUGGGGCCCUAUGGGCCAGUGCCUCGGCCAGCCUCCUGUGGGCGCUGCUUCGAGCUGCCUGGUGAGGGCCUGGGUGGCCUUUCCCAGCUGUCAGGGGUCUGUUUGCAGCCUCAGAAGUAUCCUACCCCCUGCCCAGCCAGGCUGUUAACCUCUCUCCCCGUUUCCCCCAAGGCACACAGUCUUCCCUUCUCUCGCAGAAAGGAAGUAGCAGCACCUGCCCCCAAAGGCUCCAGCUCUCCUCCUGUCUCAGGAAAUGCUCCAACAGGGCACAAGAACAUACCUCCCCAAGAGCUGCCCCCAUCCCAUGAGCCCUCAGCCCUCGGCUGAGUCCUGGAAGUGCCUAACAACCCUCAGUUUGAAGGGCCACUGUUUCCCCAACUCCCUCCACCCUCGUUUCAGGAGCAUAUUAGGCUUGGCUUUUGUAGUACCCACUCCUUGCCUGACAGGACCCUGUACAUGGCCAUCUGGACCCCUGGGCCUCUUCUAUGCAUGAAAUGACGCUGGUAUGGUGACAUGAUUGUAAAGUUUGGGCACUGGAUCCUUCCAGCUCUUUGAACUCUAUGGCCGCCAAUAUUCUCUCUGUCCAUACAACCAUUCAAUCAUCCAUCCAUCCCUUCAUCUGUCUAUACACACACACACACACACAC